UUUAGUCAUUGUUUCUCUUUGGUUAUAACAUAUUUUAAUCUUUUUAUAGAUGGCUGUAGAUGUAUUUCAUAACAAGGAAUUCUCUGAUGCUUAUCAAGCUGGGAUGAUUGUCGAUUCUCCAAAAAUUAAGAAUUUGAUAAUGUCAUAUUUGGAAGAAAAGAAAGGGAAGCCAUUUGAGCUGGCAGUUGAUGCUGGCUGUGGGACAGGGAGGUCCACUCGGACUUUGGCUCCAUAUUUCCAGAAGGUGGUUGGAAUAGAUGUAAGUGAGUCCCAGUUAAGUGUGGCCAGAAAAUGUACUUCACAUGAGAACAUCUCUUACCAGAUUUCCCCAGCUGAGGAGCUGCCUCUGGAAGAUGCAUCAGUGGAUCUGAUUAAUGCAGGCCUUGCUGCUCAUUGGUUCAAUCCUGAGAAAUUUGGACAGGAAGCAGCUCGGGUGCUUAAACAUGGAGGCUGUUUGGCCUUAUAUUGUUUUUCAUUGGUAUUUGAGAUUGAGUAUAAGGACAAGUCAGAGGAACUAACUGCUGCCUUUAAUGAGGCUUUGUUAAUUCUGCUUGAAUUUCAUAAGAAAGUCGUCUGUGAAGUAAAGGCUAUGUAUCAGGAAUUAUUCAGUGCCAUACCAUUUAAAGAUAAGCAGAGGAUCAGCGGCAUCUGUGAAGUAUUUCCCUUAACAGUCCCUGAAAUAAUGAGUUUCCUUCAGGCAAUUUGUUCGUACAAGGAGUUCCUAGAGCAAGACAAAGAUAAGGCCACAGCUUUUCUACAAGAUUUAGAGAAAAGGUUUUUAGAUAUAUUGGGUGAAUCUGCUUCUGAUGCUCUAGGAUUUCAUGUAUAUUAUUUCUGUCUUCUUGCAUCCAAAUCUUGAAUUGCCUUCAACUGUCAAACCUGCACCCUUAGAAGACUGAGCCAUUUUUUAGUAAUUAUAUUAUAAAAUGUGAAUUCUGUUCUCUGUGUUUAAAUAAACAUACAAAUCUCUGACAUUAUUAAAGCAACAUACCAGA